AUGUCGUCUGUAGAAGAGCUGACCCAAUUGUUUAGCAAAGUGGGAUUUGAAGAUGCUAAGAUCAAAGAAAUCACUAAAAAUAAGAAAGUUUCCGAUUCUUUGUCAAAUUUGAUUAAUCAAGCGCCAACCAAUUAUACGUGGGAUAAGCAAUCAAGAGCUUUGAUCCAUAACUUGGCUUCUUUGGUUAAAGGGAGCGAGUUACCUUCCUCUGAAUUGAUCGUCGAGGGAAUAUCUAACGGUGAUUUGAAAACAGCAUUGCAAGUCAAUGCUGCCUUUAAAUACGUGAAAGCCAAGGGUGUAGACUCUACUAAGACUGAUAUGAAUGAAAACUCAGGUGUGGGUAUUGAAGUCACCGAACAAGAUGUGAGAAACUCCGUGAUAAAAUAUAUUCAAGAUAAUCUUGAAAAUAUUCAAAAUGAACGUUACAAAUUGGUUCCAGGGAUUUUUGCCAAUAUUAAAAACUUACCUGAAUUGAAAUGGGCUGAUCCUCGUUCGUUUAAGCCUAUUAUUGACGAAGAAAUAUUGAAAGUCUUGGGUCCAAAGGAUGAAAGAGAUUUAGUUAAGACAAAGAAAAAGAACACUGAUAAUGCAAAAAAAAAUGGGAAAAAGAAUACAUCCAAUGCCAAUGAAAAGAACAACAAUAAUAAAUCAGAGGAAAGAACUAUGUUCAAUGAAGGUUUUCUUGGAGAUCUUCACAAGGUUGGUGAAAAUCCACAAGCAUAUCCUGAAUUGAUGGUAGAACAUUUGAAAGCUACUGGUGGUAAAGUCCGUACCAGGUUCCCACCAGAACCAAAUGGUUAUUUACAUAUUGGACAUUCCAAAGCUAUUAUGGUCAACUUUGGCUACGCUAAAUAUAAUGACGGUGUUUGUAUUCUAAGAUUCGAUGAUACCAACCCAGAGGCUGAAGCUCCUGAGUAUUUUGAAUCUAUUAAGAGAAUGGUUAGUUGGUUAGGUUUUGUUCCAUGGAAGAUUACUUACUCAAGUGAUUACUUCGAUAAACUAUAUGACUUAGCAGAAGUAUUAAUAAAUAAUGAUAGAGGUUAUAUUUGUCAUUGUACUGCCGAAGAAAUUAAACGUGGUCGUGGUAUUAAGGAAGAUGGAACACCAGGUGGUGAAAGAUCUGCUUGUGUCCAUCGUAGUAAUUCCAUUGAAACAAAUUUGAAGGAAUUUAGAAAUAUGAGAGACGGUGUUUAUAAGCCAGGCGAAGCUACUUUAAGAAUGAAGCAAGAUCUAACCUCUCCAAGUCCACAAAUGUGGGAUUUAAUCGCUUAUAGAGUCCUAAAUGCCCCUCAUCCAAGAACCGGCACUAAAUGGAAAAUUUACCCAACUUAUGAUUUCACUCAUUGUUUGGUGGAUUCUUUUGAGAAUAUCACUCACUCUUUAUGUACAACGGAGUUCCGUCUUUCAAGAGAAAGUUAUGAAUGGUUAUGUGACCAAGUUCACGUGUUUAGACCAGCACAAAGAGAAUAUGGUCGUUUAAAUAUAACUGGUACAGUAUUAUCUAAGAGGAAGAUUGCUAAACUUGUUGAUGAACAUCACGUAAGAGGUUGGGAUGAUCCAAGAUUGUUUACCUUGGAGGCUAUUCGUAGACGUGGUGUCCCACCUGGAGCAAUUCUAUCGUUCAUUAACACUUUAGGUGUCACUACGAGUACAACAAAUAUUCAAGUGGCUAGAUUUGAAAAUUCCAUCAGAAAAUACUUAGAGGAUUCUACUCCAAGAUUAAUGUUCAUUCUUGAUCCUAUUGAAAUUGUGGUAGAUAAUUUACCAGAGGAUUACGAGGAAAUUCUUUCUAUACCAUAUAGAGCUGGUACUCCAGAAUUCGGUGACAGAACAGUUCCAUUCACUAAAAGAUUUUACAUUGAAAGAUCAGAUUUUUCGGAAGUAUCUGAUGAUAAAGAGUUUUUUAGAUUAACUCCAACUCAGAAUGUGGGUCUAAUUAAAGUACCACAUACUGUUUCAUUCAAGAGUGUGGAAAAAGACUCUAAUGGAAAAAUCACUAAAAUACAUGUCCAUUACAAUAAUGAAGCUCAAGAAGGUAAGCCAAAGAAACCUAAGACCUAUAUUCAAUGGGUACCAGUUUCUGAGAAGUUUGAGUCUCCUAUUAGAGUCUCUGAGACUAGAGUAUACAACCAAUUGUUUAAUUCAGAAAAUCCAUCGUCUCACCCAGAUGGUUUCUUAAAUGAUAUUAACGUUAACAGUGAACUGAUUCACGAUAACUCUAUCAUUGAGCAUAAUUUUAAGCAUGUUAUUAAGGAAGGUCCAUGGGUAGUUGAUUCUGUUAAGAACUCUGAUUUCUACGUCGAUGAAGAUAAGACUGGGAAGGAAGUUCAUAGAUUUCAAGGUAUGAGAGUUGGGUAUUUCACUUUAGAUAAGGAAAGCACACAAGAUAAGAUCAUCUUAAACAGAAUUGUCAGUUUGAAGGAUAGCUCCAAAUAG